AAGACCGGGUAUCCAAAGCUCCUUCACGGUUGUGAUUUUCUUUGUUUUAACUUGAUGAAGAAUUAAUGAGUUCGAGGAAAUUAGUUCAUAGUUCUCCUAUGACUUGUCUGUAAAAUAUUGGGUUGGUUGUACGAACUAAUGAAAAUAUGGAAACGCUGAAAGUUAUGGCACCCUUAAGAGUCACGAUAGGAGCACGAACUUGGUGUUCCACUCCUCGAGCAAGGCAAUGUUUCCCAUCGGUCAGACGGCAAUUUUAUGCCAACAAUGUCUUUUCAACGUCACUCAGAGAUAAGUAGAUUCUGAAGUUUAUCAAUCAGUUUUAGGAGCUGUUUUUUUUUUUUACUUAGUAUCACUAACCGAAAUUUCAAGCCGUGAAGUUCCACACGGCGUCUUUUUGGCAGAGUGCGACUCAAGGACACGUCUGAAAUUCACGCUAAUCACUCACAAGUUAAUAGAAUUGAAGAUCUGUAAGUUUUGAUAUGCUAUCUUUUUAUUCAUAGCUAUACACAAGAAAGCUCUUUUGGCUCACCAUUUUAGAUGCUUUGUAUGAAAGUGUAGUGAUAUUUUUUGCUGCUUACCUGGUGUACAAUGGAAGCACAGCCGGCUUGAGAAUGGUUGGAGUGACGCUACAUCAGAGUUCAGUGAUUGUUGCUAAUUUGUACUUGGCACUUAUAACAGCACAGUGGACAAUCCUCCACCAUGUGAUUUUAUGGGGCAGUAUUGUUCUCUCGUUCUUGUGGUACUUUGUACUCGGCGGCUUAGAACGUUUCCUUUGGGAUAUGUACUUCGUACCGUUUGUAACCAUGGCAACUAUGGAAUUCUGGGCUGUCUGCGCAAUAAGUGCAGUGUUGGCUCUUCUUCCAAGGGUUGUGAUGAUGGUGGCUCGGCACACGAUCUGGCCGACAGAAAUCCACAAGGCUCAGUUAGAGUCAAAAGGCCGUGAACCAUCGGAUUCACUCAGGAGUAGAAUCACUUACGUGGAACAAAGUCCUGAAAUUCAGAGGACAGGCGCGUCUGUCUCCCUGUAACGUGACCUGAAGAUCAGAGCGACUAUUUUCUGAUAUACUUCGUCUGUGAAGGUGAUGGUUGUUAUCACACAAGUGGGCGUCGCUAAAAGUGGACGCGUUUCGUUUGUUGAAUGGCCUCGCGGGCAAAACACACCCAUAACAGCAGGGACACAACCAUAAAAGACAAGGGAAACACAUGGCAAACAAUGUGGACGGUUUCAUUUAGAUUGCAGAGUCCUUAACUUUGCAUGGAAAUAUUUAAUCUUAGUAAAUUAAGCGUAGAUUUCUUCAUGUGAACUACUCAAGUCUGUCGCAACAAAGUUAAACUCCUGUUACUUAGUUUUGUAUCUUUAUGUGUCAAUUAGGUAUUUCUCCAACAUUAUUUACAUGUAAAAACCGAAUUAUUUGUUGCUACGAGUCCGAAUGGAGAUUUUGCAUAAUUUAUGUCGUUUUGAAACUGGCACAUGUACUGUUUUAUUUACAAUAUUUCUGGAAAAAUAGUUAGAAGCAAAUUAAAUAAAGAAUACAUGUAUGUCAUUUAGUUUUGGUAAGACUAAGCUUACAAUUUAGUGAUGCCUUGCGAAAUAUGCUUUUGGGGGAAAAGUAAUUUUAAUAGUAAAAACUGUCAAACAGCAUCAACAUUUCAGUUAGGAAAUUAAAGUGGAAAUCUUUUUCCUCAA